AUGAAGACUUCAACGACCUACUGCACUUUGCUACGCAAGCCGAGCAGCACAUCAAGCGCAAGACGGCCAGCACCAGCCGCAGCAAGCCUGCAUGGACUCAACCGGGCUCAAAGCAAGGCGACAAGGGCAAGGCGAUUGAGAUUGAGAGCUGAUUCAAGACAAACCAGGCUGACUCGUCCAAUGCAUACAAACCGGAGCAGGGGCAAGGGCCACUACGCCCGGGAUUGUCCAAACAAACGAGUGAUGGUCCUAAAGGGGGAUGGCGAGUAUGAAUCCCAAGAUGAGGCAGAGGCCGCGGCAGUGCUCUCUGAUGAGGAAGUAACCGACUACCCGGAGACAGGCGAGCUGCUAGUGACCCGGAGAGCUCUUAGCACCCUCUUUGAUCCAGAGACCAUCCAACGGGAGAACAUCUUUCACACAAGAUGUAGUGUUGAUCACAAGACCUUGUCCGGGUCGAUACAACUCGAUGAUUGUGGUACGGGUUGUGAAGCCUUAGGCCAUGACAUCGAGGUCAUAGCAAACUGGAACGGAUUGGUCGAGAGUCUUGACUUGUUCUUGAUUCUUGGUCGAACCGGUACGGUGAGCUAUACUUGUGGCGCUCCCGGGACAUAUCUAAUCAAGGAUCAGGAGCAGGCUAGUCGUUCGGAACGUCGGGUCAGGAUGGGUCGAGCAAACCAGACUGGCGACAGUGGACCAAGGCCUAUGGAAGGCGUUGAACGUGCUCACAGUGAGGAGAACGUAUAUCCUGUAGCGUGGCGAUUAUCAGUAUCACCACCCGAUUCUCAGCAUGUGGAAUCAGAACCAUUUGUUGGACCACAGAGACCCCAUUCAUCUCAUGCAAACUCGGAAGGAUCUACAUCAAUUAGAAUCAACUCAAGACCAGCAGAGCCGGCUACACCUACGCAAGCACCUGCACCAGCUCCAGCAGAAGGAAGUAGACCAGCAGAUCCAACCUUAUCUAUGGUACAUAACCUUUUGUCUAAAGUCUUAACCAACAAAGUUACCCCAAGUCCAGAAGCAAAUCAACCUGAAACUCCACAACCAGACUUCCUGAAGUAUGUUCUUACGAUGAAGAACAUGGGUACCUAUAAGUUCGAAAGAGAAGCCGACACCUUCAAAGCAGAUACAUGGCUACGGUGUGUAGAGAAGAACUUCUCAACCACCAGGUGUCCAUACGAGUACAAGAAAGACGUAGCUGUGCAUUACUUGGAGAAAGACGCAAUGUCUUGGUGGGAGAGUAUCACACGAAGACAAGGAGUAGAAGACAUGGAUUGGGAUGCAUUCAAGCAAGAAUUUCAGAGGAAGUAUUUUCCUCCAGAAGCAAGAGACAGAAUGGAGCAAGCAUUUCUUCGAUUGGAGCAAGGUGAAAGGAGUGUUAGGGAGUACGAAUCAGAAUUUCUCAAGCUCAGUCGAUACAUCUACUACGAGGACGGAGAUGAAGCGGUGUUAGUUCGUAAGUUCUUACGAGGUCUUAAGCCAGAGAUCGGGAGUUGUCUACAAGCCGUCAAUUUUGUGAGUUUGUUCGAGUUAAUAGAGAAAGCAGUCAACGUGGAGGAGAUGGUAGCAGCUGAACGUGAACCAACCGUUGGAUCAAACCCCAAACCUCAGAGCAGUCAGUCCAAGGAUGAUAAGUUGCGAACCAACCAGAAGAAAGGAAGAAAGGGUCAGUUCAAACUACAUGGAAAGAACCCGAAGGCACAGGUGACAUGCUACAAUUGUGGUCAGUUGGGACAUUACUCUCGUGAAUGCACCAACUCAACGGCUGAGAAGACGGAUUGGAAGGCAUCGGUUACUUGCUACAGCUGUGGAGAGAAAGGUCAUUUCGCCAACGAGUGUACUGUGAACCGUCCAGGACAGGGAAGAGGAUCGUCUGCGCGUACCCAACCAAACCGACCGACCAGAGAACACCCAGCCGGGCAUCCUGCCUCCGAAGGGAGAGUCUAUGCCUUGGAGAUGGAGGAAACUCCAUCUAGUGCUUUGGGACCGUCGAGAGGUCCUGUGACAGGAUCAUUGUUGGUUGGUGGAACCCCUGCUGUUGUUUUGUUUGAUUCGGGAGCCAUCCAUAAUUUUGUGAACCCAGUAGUAGCCUCUAGAUUUGUAGGAACCCUUGUGACCCGUGAUAUUGAUAUCUCGGUGUUGUUGGAUGUGCCUAUUGUGCUUUUACACGAAAUCCUUUUAGCCAACCUAGUGGUCAUGCCCUUAGAAGGUUUCGAGGUUAUUUUAGGAAUGGAUUGGCUGUCAAGGCAUCGGGCGUGGCUGGACUGUGCAAGAGGAAGAGUUUUCUUUGAAGACGACCAUCGAGGAGUAUUGGCGUAUUAUGGGAUCAAGCCUAGCGUCUCAGCAACGUUCGUCACAUUAAUGAGAGCAGAGAGAGCCUUAGUGGACGGCGAGGUCUACUUGGUAUCGCUUACGUACAUCGGAGAGGAGACAGGAAAGGAAUUGAGAAUGGAAGACAUUCCAGUGGUCCAAGAGUUUGAAGACGUGUUUCGGGCGUUAACGGAGUUACCACCACCUCGGAGUAACCCGUUCACCAUCAACUUAGAACUGAGCGCUGCACCUAUCGCCAAGGCACCUUACCGCAUGGCACCAGCAGAGUUAACAGAGCUCAAGAAGCAGUUGGAGGAUUUACUAGACAAAGGUUUCAUCAGACCGAGUUCUUCACCUUGGGGAGCUCCGGUUUUGUUUGUGAAGAAGAAGGAUGGCAGCAUGAGAUUGUGCAUCGACUACAGAGGAAUCAACAAUAUCACGAUCAAGGAUAAGUACCCUUUACCUAGGAUCGAUGAAUUGUUGGAUCAACUAAGAGGAGCGAGUUUGUUCUCGAAGAUAGAUUUGGCUUCGGGAUAUCACCAAAUUCUGAUUGCAGAGAACGACGUAAUGAAGACAGCAUUCAACACUUGGUACGGCCAGUUUGAGUUCGUUGUAAUGCCAUUCGGGUUAGCCAACGCACCAGCAGUAUUCAUGAGGUUGAUGAAUGAAGUAUUUCACGACUACCUCGACAAGUUCGUGAUUGUGUUCAUCGACGACAUACUCAUCUACUCACGGAGCGAGGAGGAGCACAAGGAGCAUCUGAGGAUGGUACUUGAGAGACUAAGAGACCGGAAGUUGUUUGCUAAGCUCAGCAAGUGUCGAUUCUGGAAGCGUGAGAUUGGUUUCUUAGGUCAUAGAGUUUCCAAGGAAGGAGUUUCGGUGGAUCCAGAGAAGAUUGAAGUCAUCCAGAAGUGGCCUUGUCCAACCUCAGUAACGGAGAUCAGAAGUUUCCUCGGAUUGGCAGGCUAUUACCAAAAGUUCGUGCAAGCUUUCUCAUCAAUCGCGAAACCUUUGACACGAUUGACGGGAAAGGAAGUCCCAUUUCUUUGGGAUGAGCAUACGGAGAGAGCUUUCAACAAACUCAAGGAGGCAUUGACUACGACACCAGUUCUUGCCUUACCUCAGCCGGGUAAGCCAUAUCUUGUGUAUACUGACGCAUCGCGGGUAGGAUUAGGGUGUGUGUUAAUGCAAGAAAACAGAGUCAUUGCAUACGCCUCAAGACAGUUGAAGAAGCACAAGGAGAACUACCCCACACACGAUCUGGAGAUGGCGGCCGUUGUUUUUGCAUUAAAGAUAUGGCGCUCGUAUCCUUAUGGAGAAAGCGUUCAGGUAUUUACGGAUCACAAAAGCCUUAAAUACUUGUUCACUCAGGCGGAUCUGAAUUUGCGACAAAGACGGUGGAUGGAAUUCAUUGCGGACUACGACGUUCAGAUUCAGUAUCACCCAGGAAAAGCAAACGUGGUUGCAGAUGCAUUGAGUCGACGAAGAGCUGUAGUAGACUCAGAGCGAGAUUUGGAGAAGUUAUCAGACGAAUUCAAGAAGGUAAUUUUAGCUGCACUGGAAGGAGAAUCUAGUGAACCAUUGGGAAUGCAAGCCGUGAACCAAGCCAGUUUGAUACAAUGUAUUCGAGGAGCGCAGCAACAAGACGAGAACCUGAAGAUCAUCAUGGAGCAGCUACGAGAGCAAGGAGGGCCAAAUGCUAGUGGAUAUCAUAUGGCAGAAGACGGAACAUUGCUACUCGACGGAAGAAUCACUGUGCCAAAGGAGGGUGGAUUCAAGGAGGAUAUUCUCAAGUUAGCGCAUCAGUCACUUUUGAGUAUACAUCCUGGAAGCACCAAGAUGUAUAGAGAUAUAAGGAGAUAUUACCAUUGGCCAGGAAUGAAGAAGUCAGUAGCAAGAUGGGUAGCGCAGUGUCAAGUUUGGCAGCAAAUCAAAGCCGAACACCAAGUGCCAGGAGGGUUACUUCAAAGCUUACCUAUUCCCGAGUGGAAGUGGGAUUCAGUGUCCAUGGAUCUAAUCACAGGAUUACCAGUGGCCAGAGGAAGAUCAAAUAAUGCAAUUUGGGUUAUCAUGGAUCGGCUGACAAAGGUAGCACAUUUGUUAGCAAUCAGAGACACAGACAAGACGGAGACAUUGGCGGAAAUUUACAUCAAUCAGAUUGUGAAGCUACACGGAGUACCAGCAAACAUUGUCUCAGAUCGAGAUCCAAGAUUUACAGCAGCAUUCUGGAGAGCAUUGCAAGGAUCGUUGGGUACGGAGUUGCACAUCAGUACUGCAUUUCACCCAGAAACGGACGGGCAGACGGAGAGGACCAUCCAGACAAUAGAGGAUAUGCUACGUUUGUGUAUUCUCGAUUGGUCAGGUACGUGGGAGAACUAUCUACCUUUGAUAGAAUUUUCCUACAACAAUAGUUUCCACGCCAGCAUUGCAAUGUCACGAUACGAGGCAUUGUAUGGAAGACCCUGUCGAACACCUCUAUGUUGGACGGAAGUUGGAGAACGAAGAUUAAUCAGACCAGGAUUCAUUGAAGAAACAUUGGAGAAGCUGCAAGUCAUCCGAGCAAACAUGAAGAAGGCACAUGAUCGACAGAAGAAGAACUCGGAUCAAAGAAGGAGAGAAGUAGUAUUUGCAGUUGGAGAUAUGGUCUAUCUCAAGGUAUCAGCUCAGAAAGGAAAGGAUCAUUUCGGCAAAGUUGGGAAGUUAGCAGUUCGUUUCAUUGGUCCAUACUGGAUCAUUGGAAGAGUAGGAGAAGUAGCUUACAGGCUAGAGCUGCCAGAAGACAUGAAUUUACACCCUGUAUUUCAUGUAUCUAUGCUGAGAAGGCAGAUUCGAGAUCCUGAUUCUAUCGAGCCUGAGAGAAUCCCAGAGCUGAGGACAAAUCUCACAUAUCCAGAAGGGCCGAUACGCAUCGGGGAACGACGUUUGAAGAUGCUGAAGAAUAGGGAGAUUCCUAAAAUCCAAGUCUUUUGGGGAAGACAAAACCGCUUGGUGAUAACAUGGGAAGAUGAAAACAGAUUUCGUCAGAACUUUCCAGAGUUCUUCGAAGAUGAAGCAGCAACGUCAUCAGCACCUUAG